ACUUUAUUGUUUUUCUUCUCGUGAAGUGUCGAAACUUUGAAUAUUGUGCCUGCCCAUAGAAAGUGCAUUUAAUUUAAACUUGAACAUCCACAAAACUAAGUUAUCAAAACACUAUGGCCAAAAUAAGAGAGCUGGUGCCAGAGCUGGCGGAAGUGGCGCGCUUGGAGCUGAACGAGGAUGAGGCAAACCGAGAUGCGUUAAUUGUGGCCCUGCGUACUUGGAUCGAUGAACAGAACUAUCUGGUGGCGCGUACCGAAGAUCAGUUUCUAGUCGCAUUUCUGCGUUUCUGUCAAUGGGAUCUGGAGGAAGCCAAAAAGCGUGUGCUCUUCUUCUACAACUACAAGUCCAAGGAACGCAGCCUACUCAAGUGUCGCUCGGUAGAUGACAAGGUCCUCGAGCUGGCCAGAUCAGGUAUAUUUGCUACACUACCCAAUCCCAUUGGACCAGGCGGUCCACGUAUCCACUACACACGCAUGGGGCACAUAGAGACUUCCAAGCAUAGCGUUUCCGACAUUUUUCGCUUCCAUGCCUUCCGCUCUGAAAUUGAGAUCAACACCGACGACAACUGGAACAUUGCUGGCGUUGUUGAGGUUAUUGAUUUUACUAAAAUACCUUACUCGUUGCUGCUGCAGUUCGAUCCCAGCUUGUUCAAGCGCAUGAAUGCCUUCCUCGAGCAUGGUUUACCCACGAGCUUAGUAGCCACGCACAUUGUGAAUGCCUCGCGAGAAACACAGUUUGUGCUCACCAUAAUCCGCAAUGUUAUGAAACAGAAGGAACUGCUGCACAUACAUCCCAAUUUGGAGUCGUUGUACAAGGCCAUCGGCAAAGAGUAUCUGCCGGUGGAGUUGGGCGGCAAUAAUGGUUCACUGAACGAAGCCAUCACACGCUAUGAGCUGCAACUGAACAGCUUUACGAAUUACUUCAAGGAUGAGGAGCGUUUUGGCGUUGACGAGAAGCUGCGGGCUGCCAGCGAGAAGGAGCAGCGCCCCACACUGGUCGCCGGGUCCGCCAAUGAGGACGGCACCUUUCGCAAGCUGACCUUUGAUUGAGGCUGUGACAGCGGCGGUGGCAGUUAGUUGUAUAUUCAGAUGCACAUACUAUACACACCUCUCUCUAUAUUUACAUACAUAUACAUAUAUAUAUAUAUAUAUAAAUAUAUAUGUACAUAACCCAUCCAUAUAUGUACUACAGCGAACUUUGGACAUAGCUGAACCUGAUAUUUUAUAACAAUUGAUAGAAAGCAACAUCGAAACCUAAAGCAAAUUGAACAAUGUUACAACUAAAACAAAGUGCACUAAAAACAAAAGAAAAUAGUGAAAGAAAGAAAAAACAACAAAAAACGCCAUCAAAUGGCAAAAACCUCAUGAAUGUCGAUUAUAAUUUAUUGUCGGUCUUAUCAACGCACAUACCCCCAUGUCUACGAUUAGUCGCCCCCAAAAAUCGUUCUCGCCACAUUUUGCUUACAAUGGACGUCUUCUACUUAUAUACUAUGCUAAGUUCUUGUUGGCUUUUAUUUUAAUACAUAUACAUACAUAUAUAAAUAUCUAAUUUUUCGAUCAUUUUUGCGUUAA